AAUUAUCGACCAAUCAAAUUAUAACAAUUUUGUAAGAGUUCACCUAUGAUCAACACGUAAGCAAAAAUCACUAAAUUGACUUCGCAAUUAAUAUAUAGUAGGAUAUAUCAUGUGUAUAUAUAUUCUGAUGUUGGAAUGCAAAAACUUUAUGUUCUUCCUUCCCUCUCAUUUCCUUAAAACUGAAUAUUAAAUUUCCUCAUUUUCUUCUUAAAUACUUAAAAGGAAUAUAACUUAAUAUAUAUUCCCUGAUUUGUGAAUACUUUAUUUUAUUUAUUCUGUAUUCAAAUUUUUUAAUUUUGAUGAUCUUCUUAAUAUGCAAAUAAAACUUUAUAUAUAACUCUUUGUGAUAGCUUUCAUUUCCAUUGAACUAAAUCUCAUUGCCUUCGUUUUGUCAUUUUAUCAUAUCUUAUCUUAAUUAACUAAAAUAUGCUAAAUGAUAUAAUUAAGUUGAUAGAGUUUAUUUAACUAAACUCCAUGUGUCACUUUAUUGGUACCAAAGAUACUUUCAGUAAAAAUUUAAGGUUAAUAUAAUCAUCAAAUAUAUGAUUUAUCGACAAACACACAUUUAACCCAAACUAGAAAAAUAUCCUAUGAAGUUAACAGAAAAUGUUAUUGUGAUAGCUCAAAGAUAAGUUUAGUAGAUUAGAUGAUGUAUAUCUAUAUUUUGAUUUCAUAUUAAUUGUAAAGAUAUAAAUAUAGAUAUAAAUCUCUAAUUAUUUAUUUUUGAUAGAUAUCAAAGACUUAUUUUUGAGUUCUUAGCUAAUUUGUAUUAAUGAAAUAUCUCAAAGAAAUCUAAGAAGAUAAACAAAGACAGGGUCCUAUAUAUUCUCUUAAAACAAUCCCCAGAACUAAAUAUAAAGGAGAUUUAUCAUCAUAUUUCACAAAAACAAAACGAAUAUAUACUUCUUUUCAUGCCAAUAAGAAGAAAAUUAAGCAAAAGUAAAGAAAAUAAUUUCCUCUUCAAAAGCAUACUCUCCUCUCAAAUUGAUGUUGUUCCUUCUCCAUUAUGAUAUCUCUCGGCCUCUCUCUCUAUAGCUGUCUCUCUCUAUAAUUUAUCUUUUUCUCUCUCUCCAUUCUAGUUCAUAGCACAUAGACUUAUUUAAGUACAUUGCCUGUGUUGUCUUUCUCAACCAUUAGUCCUUUACUUCGAUAAAGGCUAAGGAAGAAAAGUUUUGAUUGUCUUCGUCAUUGGAACAGUAAUCUUCUCUUUGAUUUUAUGCUUUCUCUCAUUUUUUUUUCUCUUUUUGGUGCGUGUGAAGAAGGUUUUGGUACAAGUGUCAUUCUCAAAAUUUUGUUUUAGGUUUUAAUUUUGUUGCUUCAAAACACCCAAAAGGACAUGAACAACAACAAGACUUUCAGUACUACAAGCACCAUCAAUGAAGACUACAUGUCAUUCCCUUAUAAUGACAAUUAUUGCUCACAACCAUUACUCCCUUUUAGCCCUUCCUCUACCAUUAACGACCUCUUGAUUCACUCCAAUUCCAACAUAUCAAACAAUCAUCUUGACCAUCAUCAUCAAUUCCUACAAGCAGCUUCUCCUUUUUCUCAAUUCGAAUUCGUCCAGGAUUUUUCUCUCCUCCCCUCUUUCCUUCCACAAAACAUUAUCCAUAAUGAUAACCAAACCAUAAGCACCAAUGACCAUCAUCAUCCAUCCCUUCUUCCUUUGAACAACACCAUUGAUGAAUCCCAACUCAUUGAGCCGUCGGAGACCAUAACCACACACAACGAAGACUCCCAGAGAAUCUCAACUACUCAAGACCCGAAAAUGAAAAAUGCCAAGAAACCAAGCAGAACGGACCGGCACAGCAAGAUCAAAACGGCUAAAGGGACAAGAGAUCGUAGAAUGAGACUCUCUCUAGAUGUCGCCAAAGAAUUGUUUGGCUUACAAGACAUGCUUGGAUUCGACAAAGCCAGCAAGACCGUUGAAUGGUUGCUCACACAAGCCAAACCCGAGAUCAUAAAGAUCGCCAACAGCCUUUCUAACCAGUUUAAACACGGCGGAUUCAGCAGCGGAGAUGACUCCCAAACCCGACCGGCGUUAGGAUCAACGGAGACAUCGUCUGAUCUAUGCGAAUUUGCAUCUGUGUGGACAGUCGAGGAUAGAUGCAGCAACACUAGCAUGACCGAAAAUAAGGUGGAUGGGAGAACAAUGAGAGGGAAGAGAAAGAUGUCGCAGCGAACGCCCAUUUUGAAGGAGAUGUCUAAAGAUGCCAGAGCCAAAGCAAGAGAGAGAGCAAAGGAUAGAACAAUGGAGAAGAUCAUGAAGAGAAGACCACAAGUAAAUGCCGUAGAAGAAGUAGAAGCUCAUAAUCAGCAUGAUGAGGUAGUAAAGAAUAAUAAUUCUGGUGUUAAUUGGACUACUUCUUUUGAGGUGACGCCCAGCGGAAAAAAUAUGGAAGAACUUUGCAAGAACAAUCGUUUCGCAGUUUACAACGAUAUUGUGGUGAAUAAAAAAGAUCACAUUUCGGAAGAAUCAUAUAAUAUGAUCAGCCAAUUGAAUUCAUCAUUUCCAAUGCUUACUCACCAUCGCAGCCAAGGUGCAGCUACUUCCAUGGAGCAGCAGCAGCAGCAGCAGCAGCAUCAGGUUAGGGAUGUUCAUCACUUCUUGUACAACUAUCAUAAUAUGUGAUGAUGAUAUAAAUUACCGUUAAUUUCUCAAAUUAAUAUAUAAUAAUUUGUAUAUGUGAGUCUUAUGAAGCUUUUUUGCUUCACUUUCUUGUCACAUAUUAAAUCGAUGUAAAACAAUCAACGCCUUUUAUAUAAUUUUGUUUAAUUAUAGUU